AAUUAAAAUUACAUGAACCCCAAUUUAGAUAUCAGUAAUUGCGGUAAUUUCGUUUCUAAUCCAAUCUUUACACUCCAAUCCCCAAUUUAUCCAUGAACUUACCAACACCUCCGGCCACCUCAAACCACCGCCAGCCGCCACAAUCUCCAACCAUCACAUCAACCAACUUCCAGCCCUGAUUAAAGAUUGGUUAAAAUAUGACCAAGACGAAGGAACGUGCCUGGAGAAACUCAGACUCGCAACCGCUGAAACGAGAGGCGAUUCCAUCCUUUAAAAUCCGAUUCCCAACCGAUGAUGCAGCGAGUAAAUAUAAAAUGUAUACUACAAACCGGGACCUAUUUAUGGAAAGGGGGUUCACAGAUUCAGAAUCUGACCUACUCAAGUUGCCGGAUUCCAUUACUCGAGUUAUCGAGGCUCAUAAAUGGGAAACCUUUUGUCAGAACCCUUCUUCCGCAUCUAUUCCCCUGGUUAGAGAAUUUUAUGCUAAUUAUGAUCCAGAGUUCCCCAAUUUAGUGCGUGUUCGAGGUAAGUUAGUAAAUGCAAGUGCAUCAGCUAUUAACUCUUUAUAUUUACUCACGGACCAUCAAAUUAGUUUCUUUGAAUCUGGUUCCAAAUCCAAAGUAUUGUCGCUUUCUGCAAUGAGGGACAUUAUACUGGAGUUAACCGGAAAAAGAGUGACUUGCAAGAGGGCAAAAAAUAUGUACAUUUCCAGGGAGGAUCUGAAGGCAGGCCUUGAUAUUUGGGUUAUGUUCAUCAAAUUUAACCUUCUUCCAACUCCUUAUGAUACAGCAAUUUCAAAAGAUAGAGCCAUUUUGCUGUAUUGUAUCAUGCUUGGAAAGCCGAUUAAUGUGGGAAAAGUAAUUGCAAAACAAAUCCGUAAAUGUGCUAGCCUAAAGUCUGGGGAUUUGUGGUUCCCCUCCCUCAUUACACGGUUAUGUCGACAACAUUAUGUGCGUCCAUCCGGUUGUGAAGCGUUCCAACAACCUGAUCCUCCGCUUCUGUUGGAUGAGCUUGUUGAGAGCGAAUCAGAUCAAGAAACAAACCCAUCAAAUAAAAAAAGCUCCAAAAAGUUUGUUAAACGAGGUUGUUUCAACCCGAAACAACCAGCAGAAGCCACUGAAAUUGCCCCUUCUAUUUAUGACUCUUCCCGUGAGAAUCCGCUGCCUACUCCACUAGCAACAUCAUCAGAAUCGCUGCCACCAGUAGUAUCAUCAGCUCCCUCUGCCGAACCUUCUUCCCCCUCUCUGCACAACUCAAGUGAAGUGACAGUACCACCAGUAACACCAUUAGCUCCGGCUGCCGAGCCUUCAUCUCCCCCUCAGGCUGACUUCGAUGAGCUUCCGAGAAUCAAAAGAAGAAACAAAAGACUACCACCAAAGGAUCCAUAUCCUCGGGAAUGUGCUUGGAUAAACACAGAGAAUCGAAAGAAGAAACAAAAGACUACCACCAAAGGAUCCAUAUCCUCGGGAAAUCCUCAACCACUUGGGAAUGUGUCUCCUAUGUCAGAUUCUGUUUCAUCUCCUCAAUGUGGCACAAUUUGUGUCCAAGGCUACAAUGUGAAGCGGAAUGUUGCACCCAUUCUUGAAGCCAUCUUCAAGAAACAUGGUGACAUUGCAGCUGAAUGCAUGUUCAAAACAGCUUCUGCAAAAUCACAUUUCCUUGAGGUUGUGUGUGAAGUUGUCGUGCAAAUUGAAACAGGUGAUGUUAUUGAAAAAAUGAAAGAUAUAGAGUGUCGGGUGUCAGAUGCAGAGGCGGUUAACAUUAAUGUGGCAUGGCUUAGAGCUGACUUGGAGGCCCUUCACUUAAGGAAGGGGGCCAUGAAAAGGUCUGAUUUGCUUAUGGAAACGAAAGUAAACAUGGUUAAGAGAGCUGCCCAGAUAGAUCUGAGAAAGAGAUGUGAAGAGCUCAUGGCUGCCCAGGAACGAUUUUUAAAGGCUGAAAGGUGCGCGAGAGUACUCCAUCUUGUUGAAAAGAACAUAAAAAACAAGGGCUGAAAACGACUCCUGAACUAAUUUGAGCUAGUUUUAUAAGGCUGGUUAAAUCAUGCUAGUUUGGCGAUCAACACAUGAUUUUCAGGAUGUGUGAGGUUCUUUUGUUGAUAAAUGGGUUACUUUUAUCUGUAUUUGCAACUCCUGAACUAAUUUGAGCUAGCUUGUUUUUACAUCAUGUAAAUAACGUGUUAAAAAUACAAGAUUUCAAGUCUAGCUAGUGCUUUAGAAGUGGCAAAAUGGGUGGGUUUGGCUGGGUUUAGUAACUGGUCAAAUUUCAUCAGGCCUUAGCAACUCUGUUAUGUUCUUUUUUGAAGUUAGCCUUCAAAUAAUUAUGGCAAUAUGAUUACAAAAUCUAUACUAUUAGAGAGGUUAUUUACUUUUCUUAUAAA